AUGGCCCUCGACGCCGCGGCGUACCCGCACAUCCUGGACGCCGUCCUCGCGCACGCGCAAUGGGACGCCCUCCUCUCGCUGCGCGGCGUUUCCAAAGCCCUCCUGGCCCGCGACAGUGUCAUAACCUACGCGCACGUCGCCAUCAGGGUUGACCACGCCGCCGACGGCGCUGCUGUUCAGAUCCUCGAUCCGUACACCUUCCGCCGGAUCCCCGGUUUGCGGUUCGACGCGUCGCGCGACCUUGAGCACCGGCUCACGCUGGCCCGGUUGGCACAGUACGUUGUCACCCUCGACGUGCUCGACGACAAUCACCAGUGCCCACUCCUGCCGCGGUGGAUCUACCGCCGGCUGCGGGCGUGCUUCGCCAAUAUCAAGACGCUGCGGUGCACUUCUGUUGCUGGACUAUUAUUCGCGCGAUCGGCAAGUACCGUCGUCUUCUUCCACCGGCUCACAGUAACCCCGCCUUUGAAGAGGCCGUACUGGCCUGAUAUCAUCGAGUGGCCUCUGGAGAGGCUAGUUGUUCGCCUCGAGAUACCGCAGGACCUCCUCCCUGACCCGGAGCGGGGGUUCGACGCCAACGGUCAACCGCGAGCAACGCCGCUGUUCGACGCGCUGUACGCCCUACGCAUGGGCAUGAUGCCGACCUAUGCUGCCGAGUGCAUCGUCCUUGCCUCCCAGGGCAGCGAUGCUCCGCCGCGGUACUCUGUCCCGGAGGCGAGCACAAACCGGUUCCGGCUGCUCAUUUUCACCAUCUUCGUGUUCAUGAACCCGAAGAAGAGGAUGCGCGUAGCCGGCCUGGAGACGAUUGAUCCAGGGCUGAUGGGGCUGGAGGUUGCCGCGCAAUCCGACGCGAGCGACCGCAUUGCUGCUAUCUGCGCUGUCGUGCGAGAGAUGCUCGCCGACCCCUCCUGCCCGGUAGACUACCUCGAGACGGUCGAGUGCACCACGGCCGUCACGCUCGGAGACUAUCGUGACGCGGUUGUCGCCGACGAAUGGGUGCUGUCGAAUACUUGGCCUGGGGGAGGGUUGCCAAUGCCGUCGUCGUGGGCGAGAGGUUCGGCGUAG